AUGAGUCAGUGCAAAGUCUGUCGCCGGAACCCAACACGUAUAGUCUACAUCGGAAUCUGUGCAAAGCACGCCAGCGAACUCUGCCACAGCUGCUUCGACAAGCAUGUGCUGGAUACAGUCGAGCGAACUCGAGCCACUAAAAUUACAUGCAAAUGUGGCAGUACCCUCAGUGACACCGAGAUCGUGUACGGCAUGUCACACGGAGCCUAUCGAGAGUACUGGGAUCUAAAACAGAGCAUUCUGCAAGAAGCCGCCGAGCAAGCUGAGAAAGGAGUGACUGCCACCAAGAAGGAGGAGUCUGUGGAGGAAUCUGGCGAGGAGCAAUUUGGUGUGGUUGAGAAGGAGGAUCCACCUACGGAGAUGAACGACGGCACUCAGGGUGGCAAGAAGCACAGCAAGGCAUGA